UUAACUGGGAGGAGUCACCUAUUCAUAAAUUUAAUUCUGGACAUAUAGCUCGUCCAUUCAUAUGAAUCGCAAUCGGUAAAAUGACUCUGGAUGAAGAGAAGAGUCAGGGAAUUCAGGAUGCGGAUGGAAACAUCACCAACACUAAACUGACUGAUAUCCUUCCUAUUCCACCAACAACACAACCUGUAAACGAACCGGAGAAGUUCGAAACCGCGAAUAGCCUCGCCGAAGAACCUACACUCUCUCAUGACUUAGCGACGAAUAGCCAUGAAGUGAAGGGUAUAGCUCAACGGGAGUACGUUGAAGAGGUAGCAAAUUUAGGAUGGAAUGAGAAGAAAGAUAAGAUCUCUGCCCCGUUGGUCGGGAGAUUGGGGAAUGAAGAUCUGUGGCUCCUCAUCCGGAGGUUCAAUAAGCAAAUAUACCAUGUCAAAGAGGUUCCUACCGCGGUACCUGGAGAUCUCGACCUCAAUAUUGCCGAUGAGGAGGAAUUCUCCCCUGACAAACUGCGGGAGAAUAUCGAGCGUUUCUAUAUGACCGUCGUAGUUGGACUUCUUGCUGCUGUUAAACACAUAGCGCGAUUAAGGUCAUGGCGUGAAACUCGAUGCACUUCUUGUUUCUGCGCGGUUUAUUUUGCUGCCUGGAUAUUUGACUUGGUCGUCCCGCUUCUUACCUUGACUUUAAUCACUCUAAUUGUCUAUCCGCGAUCAAGGGAGGUCCUAUUCCCACCCGCGCCCCUAGCGUUGGUAGAUAGCAAAUCUGGCGGUGUUCAGAAACCCAAAGCUGGCGUUCUAGGUAGUACCGACAGCUCAACGGGGGCACCGCAGAACUUCAAAGGAGAGGCUGUCGAACAGGAAGCUAGUAGCUUCGUCAACGGUUUCGCCUCUAUCGUCGUCACGAGUGCUGCCGGAAAGCAUCCUCAAGCUGCGCCUUCAUCUGAGACGGGGUCUCCUGACGAUGCCGUACCUGACCCUACCGACUUAGCUAUGACAGCUGCUGAAGCCAAGGAUGUCGCAGCAGGAGGCAAAACUGGACCGAGUCAGGAUAAAACCAAGGUUCCCGUUGAGACCGCGAUGUGGACGAAGAUGCGACCUAUCAUGCAUGGCAUCGCCGACGUAUCGGAUACUUGGGAACGCUUCGUAAAUGCUCUGUCGCCUACGCCGCCAUUUCCCAAGGACGUCUACCGGUUGAGGCUUGCGAUCUUGGUCGUUCCGCUCUUCCUCAUUUCCCUUUUCGUGACAUCGUACAUGUUCAUCAAGGGGAUGACUUUCGGGGUAGGGUUUGGUUUCUUCGGGGAUCCCAUUAUCAGUCGCGGAUUGAAGUGGCUCAACCGCAGAUUUCCUCAUUGGCAGAAACUCAUGGAACUGCGCAACACAAUCCUCAAAGGUGUACCGACUAACGCGCAGUUGACCCUUACUCUACUUCGCAUAGGGGAAGCUAAUAAAGCGCCUUUACCUCCCCCGCCUUCUGCCGGCGCACCGCCUCCCGAGAGACCCAUCGAAAUUACCGAUGCCGAAUUAAAAGCGACUGGCGCCGAACCACCACUAAAUGCCACCGACGAAGAACUGCGUGAGGCCAUAGAACAUGAUCCGCAAGUCGCACAUCAGACUGGGGGACCAGAUAUAGACGCCGCCAAAAGCUCCAAGCAUGGAAAGCACGGGAAUAGGAUAAUCAGCUUCUUCAAGGGGACAACCAAAGGCGCCGUAAAGACAGCAAUUGGCACCGAUCACGCUCGAGCGAAAGCCGGAUCUCACCACGCCAAGAAUCGCCUGGGCGCCGUGCCUCGGUCGGACGUCAACCAUCUCACUGGUCCGCUCGACUUCAAGGGCCGAUAUAAGGGCCAAAAGGGUCACGUCUACAUCACGACCAAGUCCACGAUACCUGCCGUAUCAUUUAGUACGAAUCAUACAAUCGAGAAGAUUGGAUCUGAAGAACGCGAGGAUUUACAUCCUCUAUGGACCGUAGCUAUCGGUGAUAUUGCCGAAAUUAAGAAGGUUGGCGGUUACGGGUGGAAGGCCAAGAUCAUCGUGGGCUGGUCAAUGGGCAGGGAAGUGGCUGACGGAUUAGAAAUUACGGAUAGAACUGGUAAUGUUUGGCGCGUGACGGCGCUACCGAUGAGGGAUGAAUUGUUCAACCGCCUUGUCGCGAUCGGAGGACAGAAAUGGGAAGCUUGGUGACGAGGAGAAUCGUCUUGGAGUUGUCUCAUGGAACACAAUACUAUAUUUGAUUUUCAGUUUAUUCACUUAAUAUCAUCCUACAUGGAGGGUAGGAAGCUAUAAUAAAGCCCCUGUCGAUACCGAUCCCC